UCAGUUGAUGUAGGUAGACAAUGCAAGUAGUAAAAAUGUUUGAUUUAGAAUACACUGUGUCGAAGAGAACGCUAGAGCGAAACAGAAGAUAGAGAGUGAAAUCGGAUAAAAAAUGAGAGAGAAAGAGUCCAUUUCCUUGUCAUCCUCUCAUACUGCCAACAAUGUCCAACAACAAACCAUUUCAAUGGCAAAGGUGCAGGAUUUCUAGGCAAAAAAAAAAAAAAAAACACGGAGAUCAAUUCUGGCAUCUGUACCCUUUCCGAAUGACCAGCAUAGCCAGUGAAGGAGCCAGCUCAGACCUC